AUGAAGCACAUUGAUGGCACUUCAAAGUCUAGUUCCUGCACUCCAGCCUCCUGUGAAAGAGCUACCAAAAAUGCACCAGAAAUGAGUGAGCAGGCAGUGACCUAUGUAGACCUGAAAUUUCAAACUCCUUCCAAGCAGAAGAAGAAAAAGACACCUAAGAACACCAGGGACAAAGAUUCUUCUGCUCCAGCUUCUGCAUGGGGGGUCAUAGCAGGGAUUUUGGGGAUCUUCUGCUUGGCUUUGCUGAUAGCAGUGGGUGUCUUGGCUGCCAAUGUUUUUCAGAUCUCCCAAAUACCAUGUAAACAGCAGGAAAACCUGAACCAGUUUCAGGAAAUUAUCCCAGGUAAGAAUGGAAACCUGCCAAAGGUUUUGAACAGGAAGGAUUGCCUUCAAAAGGGAUGGAAGUCUCUUUGCCCAGAACAUUGGUUUCAACAUGGAGAGAAAUGUUACCUCUUUUCUACUGAAUACAAACCAUGGCUGGAGAGUCUAAAGGCCUGCUCUUCUCAUGGCUCCAGACUCCUUCAGAUAGAAAGCAAACAAGAGCUGGAUUUCAUAAAUCCGCUGGCAACUUCUCACUGGAUAGGAUUAUUACGUGACAAGACUGACAGACUCUGGAUGUGGGGGAAUGGCACAGCUUUCUCCACUGACCAGUUUGCAGUAAAUAAAGGAUAUGUUGAUGGUGACUGUGCAGUCGUCAGAGGCAGAGAACUCUUCUCUGAUGACUGCAAAGAUACAAAGCGCUACAUUUGUCAGCUGCCAGUUCUUGUGCCACAGUCUGAAGUAUCCGGAGAAGAUAGAUCAUGGAAAUCAUAA